AUGCACAGCCGAAACUUGGUGCCUGACGAAGAAGAGGAACGCGUUGUGUAUUAUGACCUGGAGGCAGACUCGAACGAUCGCAAUUUGAUGCUAUCUACAAACUCUGUAAACAACCUUUCGCUGCUUCGUGCUGAGGCUACAUCAACAGCAAAAGAGGUAGGAGAAAAUAGCCAGAUCUUUUCCCGUCAGCAGCAACCGCUUCUUAUCGAUCUGGGCUACAGCGAAGACGAUGUAGAGGAGAAUGGAAAUCCGUUUGCGACGCUGCUAGAUCAACACAAACCAACAUAUAAUUCGAUAAAGCAGCAGAACGUCGAGGAGAAUAAGUCAGAUCAACACAAAGACCCACAAAACCAUCGUAGAAAUUCCCUGUUGUCGGUUGCCGCGAAUUUCGCUGCUAUCAACGACGUGACACAUGCCAUCGAAAGGGAUCAUCCAAGUAGCGACACCCUCACUAAAGACAACCGACGCUCAAUUAUAAAAUAUCGUUCGAAUUGCGAUGAUGUGAGUACUCGAGCUAGUAGAAGUAUCAAGCAAAAGUUUGGAUUUGAGUCGUCAAGCUCAAGGCCAGAACGCUGGAGAACAAGGAAACCCUCAAUUACUGAUACCAAAAAUCGUCGCAAGUCAUUAGGAGUAAUUCAAAAGAAAUUUAGCCCACAAUUGGAGACGUCGUCAGCGAAAAGGCGAAAAUCGAUGCCAGCGGAUUCAUCAAAGCCAGUAAUAAUGCGAAACGAAACAAGUAUGAACGCCAGCUUCGAUAGUAAAGGUGCAGUCACGAAAAAUAAGUCGCUGGCGAAUUUUCUACAACGCGCUACGACAAUAUUUCAGCAGCAAUCAAUGACGAUCAAGAAUUCUUCACCGUCGAAUGUUAAUAUAGACGAAAACAUUGCGACCGAUGCAAUCUGUGACACUGAUCAGCAUAUGCGAGCUGAAAAUUUUGCACCAGAACAUUUUUCACCACCUAAAUCAUUUUCAGUUGAAGCACCAAUCGGUCGGAAAGCUGCGGACGCUUUGAUCGUUAAAAUUCGUGGAAAUUUGGGUGACAUUAUUCGCAAAGCGACUCGUAAACGUGACCGAGAUCUCACGUUAAUUCGCUCGCAAGGCCAUCAUUUGCUUCCAGAACAAAAUAGUCACACAAAGGGCAUGUUUGGCGUCAUUGAGUCUAUCCAAGCCCGAGCGUGGAUAGUUGUUCGACUAAAGCGACGGUGUCUAAAGAUGCCAGAUUGCGAUUUGUACGAAUGCCAAAUUUACGAAGUAGCAGCAGACUUGGAAAAAAGUGAUGCGAGUGCAUUAAGAAAGAACCAUGUGGCAGUGAAAGCACAAUUUAGCAUUCGAGUCACCGAUUGCCUCAAUUUAUCCGAAGGACAAUUUAUAAAGAUAUAUGAACCAUUUCAUUUGAUCAAAGAGCAACUACCAGCAGGAUCGACUCGCAAACCAGAAUGGUUCCUGCUUGGCACACAGCUUGCAGAAGUGCGAGACAGUGUUCACUAA